CAAAUGAGCAUGUUUUUCAACGGUCGAAAUUAGGCGGGCGAUUGUAGAAAGUAGCGUUUAAUUAAUGAAAAGUUGUAGUUCUAUACUUGUAAAAGUCUUUUUUUUGUUGUUGUCGGACUUCGUUAAUUAGUGUUAGUUGUUGUCUAGUCCAGAAUGUCGUUCAGCAAAGCCAAAAUCAUCCGUUUCAAUGACGUUAAUGGAAAUUCCAAGCCCGCACAAGAUAAAGUGCUGAAGAAGACUCCCAGCUCGACCGGGCUGCGAAGCCCUACGACUUCAGAAAUAGGCUCAGUUAAGAGUGUACCUGCAACUUUUAAAACACCAACCAUAAUAAAAAAACCAAAAACUCCGGGUUCCGUCACGAAAAUCAGGGGAAAUAAUCUAUUCAAAAAUGACCUCGAAGCUCUCCAAGAGAAAUCAGCCGAGUGCGAGUCCAAGACGAAAUACCUUCAUAAAUUAACCAUGGAACUUGAGCAGUGUAAGCAAUGUUUGGAGAAGUUGACGUUGGAAAAGGAGCAACUGCAGCGGGAGCAUCAAAACGAACUGCAAAAUCUUGAAUUCGAAAUGCUUCAGACACUCAACCGGCUUCAGAAGCAAGAAGAAGACGCCGAGAUUCAGAUGAAGGACAUUCAGAAGCGACUGGAGACUGAAAUCGAGGAGCUCAAGAAGGCGCAUAAAUUUCAAAUCGGGCAAGUUAUUUUGGACUACGAGAUCCAAAUGAAGAACCUGAAGGAAAUCUCUGAGGAAGAUCUAAAAGCCAAACUGCAGGAAGUUGAAGAAACGUGGAAACACAAGAUGCAGACGAAAGAAUCGGAAUCCGAUGCCAUUUUAAAGGAGUGCCAGGCCAUCAGCGAGUACAGCAUCAUUGAGUGCGAAAUUGAGAAACAAGAAAUUAAGAAAUCCUUGGAGGAAACCCGCCGGGAGUACGAGGCUCUUCAUCAAAAACACCAGGAAGUUCAAAGCAAGCUGGAAUCGCUGGAAAAAUCUACAUGUCAACAAGAGGAGCUUCAAGGAAAAAUCGAUGAUUUAACUAAAAAACUAAAGGAACAAGAUGCCGAUGUCAAGAAGCUGAAUGUGGAAGUUAAAGCGUAUCAGAUUACCAUUUGCAAUUCUCAGCUCACCAUUGAAGUCCUGAAGAGGCGGCUGUUUGAUUCUGAUAGGGACGUUGAACAACUGAAAGAAGAAUUGACCGGCUGCGAACAGAAACUGAUUGACUAUGAAAGUAAACACUUUCAAUUGACCAAUGAACUGCACGAAGCUAAAAAAAUGUACGAAGACCUGGAAAUGCAGUACGAAUCGUCUGUUAAACUAAAUGAAAAAUCCAUUACGCAGGCGAAAGAAGACUUAAUGACCAAAGUGGACCAGUACGCAAAUGAGAUCAAGGAUUACAAGAAAAAGACGGAACAAGAGCAAGCAAUUAAAAAUGAAAUAUUGGCCAGCGUGAAUGAUCUUCUCGAAAUAAUAACGCUAAUGAACUCACUGGUAAAGAUGAUUGAAAAUUCUUAUCCCAGCGGCUUUGAAAAACUGGUCCAAUCGCUAAAAUUUCAACAAGAAUCUCUUACGACCGAGAACGACAUUUUAAAGCUGGAAAAUAAAGCAACUAUUGAUUCAAUGAAGGUGAAAAAUCAGAUUAUUGAGAAAAUUGAGGAGAAACUAAUCGAGUUGGAAGAGCAGAAUGAGGCCUUAACUGAUAAGUGCGCCUACUACAAAGUCAAGUCGGAGAAUUUUGAAGAAGAGGCCAAGGAAGCGUUGUCGACCAGGAAGAAGUACAUUGAAAUAAGCGGGAAAUACGAUGCCUUAUUGCAGGAUUUCGAGCAUGUGGAAGUUGAAAACCGCAAUAAUAAGUCCAGAGUUAUCGAGUUGACUGAUCAGUUGGAUCGAUUGAGUAAAAUAGAGGAAGCCUACGAGGCGCUUAAGAAGGAAAAGGAGAUUUUGGAAAAUGAGAACAAGUCGUAUAAAAAUAAGUUUGAAGAGCAGAAGUUGAAAAAGUACAAGAUUGCUGUCUUGGAUAAAGAAAACAUGGGGAGUCCCAAUCGGUCCAUUAUUGAAAGUCCUAGCAGAGGAUCGCCGUUUCGAGGCUCGCCUUUUAGAGAGAGAAAUUAGGAUUCUUUGCCGAAUCUUAAUUGGAAUUGGUUGUUGGUUAUCUGGAGACAUGCACACAUAUCUGGAAUUAAUGGUAAAGUUUUAAGAACACUAGCAAGCGUUUGAACCAGCUUUGGUUUAGACAGUUUUUGCACUAUUUUACUGCUGGUCUUCCAAAUGUACAUUCAUUCUGCGUAGGUAUUACAAAGUCUGCAAUUUGCCAAAAAAUAUUUGAAAUACGUUGCCAAAGCAUGCUAAUGGAUUAUUUAUUUUUGUUUAACUUAUUCGUAUUAAAUAGCGGGUCUGAUUGAUUUUUUUACUUAUAUAUAAUGUUAUAAUCGCGCAAGUUUGACGAACUAUACGAUAGUUGUAAAAUGUUUAGCUUUAGGUUUGUUUUUAUACAUGUUUUCCACUUUUCUAUAUUUCCUAGUUACUUAUUUAAAGCAAUUACUUCUAUUUUUGUUUUUAGUUGUCUCGCAUGGUUGUUCACAGCUUGUUCUAAGGUUAAGUAAUUUGUAGUUUUUAUGGUUUGACUAAAUAAAUUUUUCAAGUAAUUUAUUCAAAUGGAUACUUGUAAAUUG